AUGGAGGAUAUGUUUUUAUCUUGUCAUGAAUCACCUAAAUCUAUUAUUAAAAAGAUCAAUUUCGCUGAUUAUGGCAAUCCUAGCGAUUGUGAAAAAAAUAAAAAAAGUAGACACGGCAAUUGCGGGGCCGCAGCUACCUUGAGGGUCGUCGAACAGAAUUGUCUUGGAAAACACAAUUGUGCUCUUAUCAUUUCAGACGAGAUGUUUGGUCCGAGUCACUGCAAGAGAGAUUUUAGGCUCACUGUUGAAUACACUUGCACAAAACCUUAG